AUGGCAACAAAAGUCAACAAGACCGAUUCAGAAUGGAGAGCCAUGCUUUCUCCCGAGCAAUUUAGAGUGUUGCGUCAAAAGGGCACUGAACCUCCUGGUACUGGUGAAUACAAUAAGCAUUACGACAAAGGUGUGUAUCAUUGUGCCGGCUGUAAUGCACCGCUCUAUGUUUCGGAUACCAAGUUUGACAGUGGAUGUGGAUGGCCAGCAUUCUUUGACGCUAUCCCAGGUGCUAUCAAUCGCCAUGAAGACAACUCUCUUGGUAUGAAGCGGAUUGAGAUUACUUGUGCCAACUGCGGUGGCCAUCUUGGUCAUGUAUUCCAAGGCGAAGGCUUCAACACCCCUACAGAUGAACGUCAUUGUGUAAACAGUAUUAGUUUGCGUUUUGCAAAAUAA